AUGGCGCGGAGUGAUGGGAACUCUCAAGGCAUAAAGCGCCCUGCGGACGGUGACCCGGAUGGUGCCCAGCCUCUGACGAAGAGAUUUGGUUGUCUGCAGAUUGGUCAUGAUGCCGGUGCUCGGGCCAGACACGAUACGAUCCCCCCAACCGCCCAACCUGAUGAUGUGAUGCUGUUGGAUGAUACAAAACAUACCACCUACAUCUACAAUUUGGAUCAAGAACUCUCGGAGCCAGAAUCCAGCACGGAGGGCCUGGUCCUUCUGCCCCUGGCUGCGCGGAUGAUCUCCGUUCCCGAAUCCGUGUUGUCAACCCCCACGCAGAGCCAGGAAUUAGUGAUUUAUACAGAGCCCGCUUCCCUGACAGUUCCUCAGGAGAAGGAUAGUGUGCGCAAGGCCAUCAUCGAAUCGCGGGCUCGGGCUCGGGCUCGGGCCCGGGCCUUACAAUCCAAAUCCGCCGGUCAUACCGAUGACACCUUACGUAGCGAUAAACUUCCAAGCAGUGAAACGCAGGAGGACCCUAUGGACAUCGACACCGACACCUGA